AUGACUUCUUUUGUUACAUGCCUUUCAAAUGUUCAAAAUCCUCUAUGGACCCCUUUAUCGGAUAAUGCUUACAUGAUAUGUGAAAUCAUAUCUCACUUACUUGAGCAACAAUCUAAUUUGGUCUCUUGUUGUUUAGUAUCUCGUUUAUGGAAUACUUGUGCUACCCCCUAUCUUUGGAAAGCACCACGUUUGAAACGCGCUUCAACACUUGAAAAAUUUAUUAGAACUUUGGUGAGAUCUCAACAGAAUUGUACUAUUUACGCUUAUGGUUGUUUAGUUCAUACUCUCGACCUAUCUCGUCUUUCAUUUUCUUGUUCUGCUGGUGAACUAAGUCUUAUAUCCGAAUGUUGUGGUGUCCUGAAGAAUAUUGAUUUUUCAAAUUGUCAAAAGCUAAGGAAUGAAACUUUAUCUAGAGUCUCUGAGCGGUGUUCUAAUUUACGUUCACUCAAGUUAUUAAAUCUUCCUUAUAUUACUGAUGAAUCCGUUAUAAAUAUUAUAAAUCGAUGUAACCGCUUAGAAUAUUUUGCUUUUGGAGAUUGUAUCGGCAUUACGAAUCGUUCGUUACUUCAACUAGCUCGUAUGAAACAUCUUAAUACUCUUGAAAUAUUUUUUGGAAACAGUAUUACAAAUGAAACUCUCGUUCUUAUAACACAGGGUUGUUCCAGAUUGAAAAAUCUACAUAUUUGGGAUUGUGGAACACUUGAAGAUACUACUAUCAUCCAAAUGGCUAAUAAUAUGAAUUUAAAUCUAGAAUCUCUUAUCCUUCACAAUCCUCAACAUAUUACCGACUUAUCACUUACUCAUGUCGCUAGCAGGUGUACUAAUUUACGUCAUCUGGGAUUAGAACCAUGUGAGGGAGUGACUAAUAUCACUUUGAUCGCGUUAGCAAAUUAUUCUUAUCAUUUGGAAUCCAUUCAAAUCUCUUUAAAUCGAACAGGUGGAGGAUUUUCUAAUGAUGGUUUUUUAUAUAUGUCAGAACGUUUGAGAACACUUAGUAAAAUUACUUUUCAACAUUCAACACCACUUAUCACUGAUGUGACUUUAAGCAUGUUGGCAAUUAGAUAUGCUUCAACACUUACAUGUCUUCACCUUUACAAUUGUAAUUUUACUGAUUCAUCUCUUUUUACAAUCGCUCAAACUAGACCUCCGAUUAAUGAUUUAUGUAUUUUUGACCUAAUGAAAAUUAAUGAUGAUUCAGUCAUUUGUUUGUUAUUUAAUAUUUUUGAUACACUUACUUCAUUACAAAUUUCAAAUUGUGAAGGUCUUACGGAGAAAACUGUGAUUAGUGGUAUUAAACACUGUACUAAACUUAGGAAAUUAUGUUUAUUUACAUCAAGUGAUUUUACUGUUACUGGGUUAGAUACUAUUGUUAUCGCCUCUGAACUUAUGUGUUUACGUAGGUUGGAAAAAUUGAGAAUUCGAAAUUGUCCAAGUUUAUCAAGAGAUGAUAUAUUGAUGAUUUGUUGUGGGUGUGCUUCAUUGCAAGAGUUCUUUUUUGGACGAAGCAUAUUUUUGACUGAAGAAUUUGUAAAUGACUUUAAUUCGGAUGGAAGAGGGCGACCACUUUUGGUAUUAGGACCUUAA